AUUGGAGGCUACCAUAUAAACAGAAACCCAGUCCAAACGAUCUCAAUAAAGCAAAGUUACAAAACUCAUCGUUCUGUAACCACAGCGACUGUGAUUCGUCCAUCGUGAUCAGCGUUGAGAAAAGUAACAGCUGUCACGUGACAUCGGUCUGUUUACCUUGCGAGACGACGAGAAGUGCGUUUAUUUAUGAUUAUCUGUCAUUCAAACGUCUCCUGGACUUCUCUUUUGGUCCUAACCCUCGUGAUAUUGUUAGCAAUGUCUUCAGACGCCGGUGAAAAAUAUGUUUCUGUAGAUUUCGAGGUGUUCGGGAAUGUUCAGGGUGUUUGCUUCAGAAUGUAUACAGAAGCAGAAGCGAAGAAACUCGGUGUGACGGGCUGGGUGAAGAACACUAGACAGGGCACUGUGGUGGGACAGGUGCAGGGACAUCCUGAAAAAGUUAAAGAAAUGAAGUACUGGCUCAGUAAGGUGGGCAGUCCCAGCUCUCGAAUCCACCGCGCUCAGUUCACCGAUGAGAAACCAAUCUCUAAACUGGAGAUUCGUGGAUUUGGCACUCGUUACUGAAACCCAGCCAGACCGAUCAGCACCGGCAAACAACAAACACAAACACUUGGUAGAUGUUUACCAGAUAGUUUACAAGAACACGUAAAAAGAAAAACACCAUAAUUAUAAUUUGUUUGUAUUUAUUAUCAUAGGGUUGUAAAUAUGAAUAAAUUGUUUGAAGUUAUGUAACUUUCUCAAAGCAAAACCUAAGAGUUGCCAAUAUGAUUUUAUCUGAUCCGUCAAUUCAAACUCAACAUGAAGGAUAUUAAAAUAUGAAAUAUUGUAUUGGAUUUGUAUCUUAGAU